CUUAGCGGUUAGCAAUUGCGCUGUGAAAUUCACGUCUUCCAACAACAAAGGAUAGAGAAGAAAUUGUUUUUUUUUGUUCGGCUCUUUGACUUAUUAUUAUGCCCGUGUGAGAUUUACAUGCGUGGUUCAAAUUCUCUUGACUUGAUAGUUAUACGUUUACUGAAAAUGAGCGAAGUGAUGUGUUGUUGCUUAAUUCAAAGCCUGCAGAACUAGUCAAAAAUCCCAAGCUAGUUUGAGGGCAGAAAACCAGCCUUUAGAUCAUAAUGAUUCGCAUUGCUGCGCUGAAUGCUGCUUCCACAGCUGCAGAUGAGUCUCAUGACCCUUUGAGAAGCAGCAAGAGUCAAACAAAAGAGGCUCAAGAAGCUGAGGCGUUUGCUUUGUAUCACAAAGCCUUGGAUUUGCAAAAACAUGAUAAGUUUGAAGAGUCCGCCAAAGCCUACCAUGAGCUUCUCAAAACUCCUCUGCUCAAGGAGGCAACACCCUCAGAAGAUCAGAGAGUGGGCCUCAAGCAUCCUGGAUUGAUGCUAAAAUAUUCCACUUUUAAAAACCUGGCAAGCAUGGCUGCAUUUCGUGAUGACCUUGAAAAGGCAAUGGAAUUUUACUUGGAGGCAGUGAUGUUGGAUUCCACUGAUGUGAACAUGUGGUAUAAAAUUGGGCUGGUGGCCGUGCGACUGGUGCGCAUCCCCCUGGCUCGUCAUGCAUUUGAGGAGGGAUUGCAUUGUAACCCGGACCACUGGCCUUGUCUAGACAACCUUAUUACCGUUCUGUACACACUCAGCGACUAUACUUACUGUUUAUACUUUAUUGCUAAAGCAUUGGAGAAAGAUCAUUGCUACACAAAAGGCCUGGUGUUGAAGGAAAAAAUAUUUCAGGAACAACCUUGUUUAAAGAGGGAUACCCAGCAGAUGUUCAUGAAAUGUAAUACAUCUAUUCACCAUGUGGAAGUGGAGGAGGAGGAGCACAGAUCCAUUGUGCAGGAGGCACUGGAGAUGAGGAGGCGCAGGCAGGCUCUUUCUCACUGUGCCCCCAAACCCGACCUUGUUCUUAUUCAGCCAAUCCACUGCUUGUCGUGGAGGCAUGUUGGUGAAAGCCUUCUUGCAAUGUACAAGCAUCAGACCACAUGUGAGCAUCCUCGUCCAAGUCUCGGUCGCAGAAUAGACUUGUCAGAGUACCGGGACAUGAGUUUAUUCCAGAGCAUCCCACAGCCAAUGAGUCCUGUCAGUGUGGGGCAGACAGCAGUGCUGAGCAGCAGCCCCAGUUCAUCCCUACCACCUGUAACCUUCCUGGAACCCGCCGUGCUGUCCCAGCCGGGCUCUCAACCUCAAAUUACUCUGAGUCAUGCUGCCGUAGAGGUUAAUACCUCUGCUCCCCCAGCUGCUGCAGGUAUGGAAGUUUCUCUGUCAGAUGGAAUGAAGAAGCAGCCAAAAAGGAAACGUGGGAUUGAGGAUAGCGGGGAAACGGCCAAACGUCGCUCUGCACGCGUUCGAAACACAAAAUGCAAGAAGGAGGAGAAGGUUGAUUUUCAAGAACUGCUAUUUAAAUACUUACCUUCAAGGCUUAAGAAAUUUGACCCUGACAACGACGAUGAGAGCUUAAGUAAUCUUGACAGUCGGUGCGAUGGGAGGGUGGAGGAUAUUCAGCCUGUGCAUGGAAGUUGUUUGCCAGUUGACUCAGUGGAAUACAUGGAAUCUGAGCAACAGGAUGUCCAUAACUUUUUUGUCAAUAAUAUGAGCAAUGGUGGUAUUCUGGAUCUGAUGAUGCAUUACCUAAAAGCGGUUGGUCAGAAGUUCAUGGAGGAGUGGCCUCAGGGGCUGACUGCUGUGGUGCUGGAGGUCCAUCAGACCUGGAGGAAACACAGCAGUGGCCUCCCCAACCCUUUGUUGCGAGACUGCAGCAACAAACAUCUCCAGGAAAUGUUGACAAUGAGUCUGGUCUGUAUGGAGUUGCAGUUGGAACAGUGGUUACUCAACAAAGGAAAAGCCGGUACCCCAAGAAAAAGCUCAUGCGAUUCCAAAAAAGAUGGAUCGGAUGCAGAAUUCCCUGGGCAGCACUUCCAGGGAGACUUGUUGAUGCUCGCUCUGGGUUGUUCUCAAAGAGAUCUGUUUGGGGAUGAUUGGUUAGAUCUCAUGGUGCGUGUCUACUGGCUAAAGGCUCGAUUCUUGGCUUUGCAGGGAGACAUGGAUUCUGCCCUUGAGAGUUAUGAUGUAUGCACAGGUCUGUUGCAGAGCAAACCAAAAACACCUAAUGAGAAACAUUACACAGUGAGCUUGCCUAAUCUGCAUGCAGAUGCGUCUAUAUCUUUGGAAGAGGUUGACAAAAGGUUGAAAUCACUUGAGCGCUGUCAGUCUUUGGAGGAGAUCCAGCGUCUCUUUGAGUCGUCAGACUUCAAGUCAGUUGUUCGUCUGCUUCAGCCUACUCUUAAUUAUGGAAACAGGAGCAAAUCUCUGGAAUUUGUGAGCUCAGCACCGGAGCGUCCAGCUCAGCUUAUGCUUCUUCAGAACUCCCUGUUGAAGCUGCAGGACUAUCAGCAGUGUUUGGAAUGCAGCGAAAUGGCACUGAAUGAGUCUUUGCAGCAGCUCCACUCUGCUCCAAACGCCUCCGCCCCCAGCAAGGAAGAAUGGGUCAGAACUAUUGGAAAGUUGCUGGAUAGCAUUGAAGUCUGCCUCACCAAAAACACUGAACUUCUAAGCAACAUAUCUCACUUUUCCAGCGUGGCUCGACUCGCAAACAAUUUAAUUCAGUUAAUUGAUCUCAGCAUGACCACCUCAGAUGACCCCAAGGAGCCGUAUUUCUUUUCAGUUCUUCCUUGGAUCAUUUUGUAUCGCAUCAUUAGACAUGAAGAGGCUGCUUUUGACUGCAUGCUCCGACAGCACGUGUCUAUAGAUGAUGAUGAAGAUGAGUCAGACGUGCCCAUGCUGCCCUCCUCUUUAAUGCUUUUAAGUACAGCUCAUGAAUAUCUUGGCCGCCGCUCUUUAUGCUGCAGCUCAGAUGGUGCACUCCUCAAGUUUUUUGUUGAAGUGCUGAAAAAUGAGUUUCAACCCGCUGCCAGAUUUGAGACUCACCCAUUUAAAGAGGAGCUGGAAAUGGCCUUGGAACAAUGCUUCUUCUGCUUGUAUGCAUACCCCAGUAAGAAAAGCAAGGCGCGGUAUCUUGAGGAUCACUCAUCUCCACAGAUUGAACUCCUGUGGGGUGACGCCCUCUUCAUGUUCCAGUACUUCAAACCCAAAUCACUGCCUGAGUUUGACAGUUAUAAAACAAGUACAGUGUCUGCUGAACUGGCCAAUCUUCUCAAAAGAUUUGCAAGUAUCUCUCCCCAAUCUGAAAUCCCCAUCCUACCCAUGGAGGAUGUGGCAGCUUACAUCGAAGGCAUUAUAGAAAAGGCCCCCUCUCUUCCUGCAGACACUGCCCCUGCACCACCAAUCAUCAAUGAGAUUUACUACCUGCUGGCUGACUAUCAUUUCAAAAACAAGGAACAGACCAAAGCCAUUAAGUUCUACAUGCAUGACAUAUGUGUAUCUCCCAACAGGUUUGACUCAUGGGCAGGUAUGGCGUUGGCUAGGGCUAGUCGCAUACAGGAAAAGCUCAAUUCCAAUGAGCUGAAAAGUGAUGUACCCAUAUGGAAGCACUCCGAGGCAGUACUGAACUGCUUCAAGAGGGCCCUGGAGAUAAACAGCUCCAACUUGUCCCUGUGGAUUGAAUAUGGUACCAUCUCAUAUGCGCUGCACUCAUUUGCUUCUCGCCAGCUGAAACAGUGGCGAAACGAGCUUCCCCCAGAAGUUGUUAAGCAGAUGGAGGAAAGGAAAGACUCCAUGUUGGAGACGGCGUUUCUCUGUUUCCAAGGCGCUUCUAGCUGUGAGGGUGAUAGUGAUGAAGAGGAAUGGCUCAUACACUACAUGCUCGGGAAGAUAGCAGAGAAACGCAAAAAGCCUUCAGCGGAGUAUCUGCAGCUCUACAAAAAGGCAGCACAUUAUCUGCAUGAAGAAGCUGCCAGGUACCCUCGCAAAAUUCAUUACCAUAAUCCCCCUGAUUUGGCCAUGGAGGCCUUAGAGUUGCAUUUCCGACUGAGCACCAGCAUACUGAAGUUAUUGGAAGCUAACAAGCCUGAUCUGGACCAUGAAUUCCUGUUCACUUUGCUAGUUGAAGCAGCUACAGGACCGUUUGCCAGAGGGGAAGAGAAAAGUAUGCCAAGCAUACCAAGGACAAAUGAAAAAGAAAAGCCUCCUUCGAUGAUGGAUGAAGACUUUAAUUGUUCCCCAGUUUGCAUAGGGAAUGCCUUGAGUUCCUCUGUUCCAGCAGUAACCACUCCAGGUCUGACAUCUCCUCCUUAUGUGGCCACGCCAUGUGACCAUGAUUACGCCAAACGCAAAACACUCCGAAGGCAGCAGUGGCAGCAGCAACGGCAUGAGGAGCAGCAGGCUGAUGCCUCAUCGAGGUUUGACCAUGAUUACUGCCUACCCAGGUCUGCAGUAUGGCUGCCUUCCCUCAAUGAGCGCAGUCAAGACAGUGAGGUAGUAUUGCUUUCUGACUCCAACUCAACCCAAGAUGCCUUCACCGAUCCCACCAGUUCACAAGAUAGCAGUCACAAACCAGUGUCUGUCAAGGCUGGUUCAUCGUCGUCAGAAAGUACAACUCCUGUGAAAGACACACAGCCCACCCACGAUGAAGCAGUCUUGCAUAAAGACUUUACAGGCAUCCAGACAGAAGAUACAUUUAUCCAGGAGGAAACAGAGGCCAUAGUGGUGAUAGGAGCUGAAACUUCAGCCACUGCAGUCUCGGCAAAUCCUUGUCCUCAUCCUCUUCCUGGUCCAACCACCCCCCAAAAGACAAUGCCUUCUCAGACACAAACCAGUGAAGGCAAGAGAAAACAAGAGCCCACAGCUGAGGUGAUCGAGGUGCCCAAAGCCCUGCCAGCGGAACGGGCUGAUCAGAGGAAGAUGCUGGUGGAAAUGUGUGUCCGCGCUCUGUUUCUCUGCCUCAGCCGCUUCCCUCAGCACUAUAAAAGUCUAUACCGUCUGGCCUACUUCUACACCAACAGCAAAUUCCAUCAGAAUCUACAGUGGGCCCGAGAUGUGUUGCUAGGAAGCAGUGUCCAAUGGCAACAGUUGAAGCACAUGCCAGCACAAGGACUGUUCUGUGAACGAAACAAGACCAACCUAUUUAAUGGCAUCUGGCGUAUUCCAGUAGAUGAAAUUGAUCGCCCGGGAAGUUUUGCAUCACAUAUGAACCGAUCUAUCGUGCUCUUGCUGGAGGUGCUGUCUCUCCUUAAAGACCACGAUACCCUGCUGAAAAUCUCUUUCAUGCUGCACAGAACCCCCGACCAAGGAAAGAAGUAUUUGCGGGAUGUUGAUCGUCAGGUUUUGGCCAAAAGAGCAUUUUUCCUAACUGUAAAAGUCCUGGAAGACAAUCUGAAUACUCUGACAGGGCUGACUGAACAGCAUCACAAAGCUCCUGUGCUUUCAAUGGGGGAGAUGACCACAACUGAUACAUCUAACAGGCCUAAUUCAGAGGACAGCAAGUAUGCACUGCCUAAAAAGCCUGGGCUCUCAGACGGAGCAUGUGCUUCCAACAUCGACCCCAGAGAAGCUUCUCAGGCACGGCUUGCUACACCACCGCUGUCGACAGACAAAGGGGCCAAUGUUCAGGAGGGCUUUCCUGGGAAUGUGGAGACUAUUGGGAAUGAGAGGCGCAAAGCAGGACAGGAGGAACCCAUGGAGCUGCCUGCUGGUCCCUGGAGAAAGCCCAUAACUACCACCAAUUCUCAGGUUAACCAAAUGGAAGCUGAGAGCUCCACAAGUUGCUUAGAACUCGUGCAGAAAACGACUGAAAACUCUCGGACACCAGACUUGUCUCUAGAAGAGCUUACCAUCAGUUCCAGACAGCAGCAGCUUCUAGGCUCAGGACCAAAGAUUACAGUUGCAAGCAGUGGAACAGAUCAGAACUUACUAAGAAAGCAAAAUCGGAAAAGAAAACUUAUAGAUGAUGUGGAGUCUGGAAAAACCCUGUUACUUGAUGCGUAUAGAGUAUGGCAGCAAGGCCAGAAAAUCAUGACCUAUGACCUGGGCCGCAUUGAGAAGAUCAUGUCGGAGACAUACAUGCUCAUAAAACAGGUGGAUGAAGAUGUAGCCCUGGACCAAGCUGUAAAAUUCUGCCAGAUACAGUUGGCAACCUCUGCACAAAGACAGCAGUCCUCUGGCGAUGCCCCAUCAACACCUAAAUACACCAAGGAGCACAGAGAGAUCUUCUUCCCCACGUCUUUGCCCACUCCUGUCCUGCUCAGCCACUCCACCAUCCACCCACUGUCCACCAAGGACGCUCAAGCCAAAGCGGUGUGUGAGCCUCUGAGCAAGAUGUCCAGACCUCCCGUCUCAAGCUUUCACGAUCAGCUUCAGCACAGGAGAGCAGCCGGCCAGUCUGCUGCUGUCAUGGCCUUUUCACCAUACACAGAGGAGCGGGAGGACCCCACAGAGGGGCUCUUGUAUCGUCAGCAGGAGUCGCAUCUUUGUCAGCAGAUGAAACUGGCGUCGGUGUCCCCGGGCCAACAACCUGCUGCCAGCUGGCUCCAGGAGGAAACUGCAACAUGUAGCACCACACAACCCUGCCCAGACAAGCUGCCGUAUGCCAGCAGCGAGCAGUCAAAGCUUCCAGAUCCCAGCCGAAUCCGCUCCAAAAUCCCAGCAAAUAUGCCAAAGCUUUUCAUCCCCUCCCUUGUGACCAAGUUUCCCCCAGAAAUCACGGUGACACCUCCGACUCCCACACUCCUCUCACCGAAAGGCAGCAUUUCAGAGGAAACCAAACAAAGGCUGAAGAACGUUAUCUUGUCCUCCCAGUCGGCCGCCACAGUCAAGAAAGACUGCCUGAGCCAGCCUGCAUUAGAGGUGCAGGAGACGUCCAGCCAGGAGUCGUCUCUGGAGAGCGAGUCGGACGAAGAGGAUGACUACAUGGACGUUUGAGCCUGUGAAGGCCUCGUGUGCACGCUAAAACUGAAACCUUGUCACAACCCAGUCUGUCUCUGCCAAACCCCCGUGUAUGCCAGUUUUUGAAAAAAAAAAAAGAAAAGGAAUGAUCUAUGCCUCUGCUGCUGUUGAUGCUUAUGCCCCCAGAAACAACCUGACAGUGGUGACAGUGAUGGUGCAUGACAGACUGAGACGGCUUUGGUGUCUCAAAUGUACCAUUUAUGCAUAUCACCUUGUGGAACUCUCCUGCUCUUUACUGGACGUGGAUUUUUUUUUAAAAGAGCCUUAAAGCCUACAAGAAUAAGUUUGAUGCAUCUUUUGUAUACUAUGUGCUUACUGUAUCUCCAAGCUGCAGCUAAAUCCUGGCUUCGGCGGCUCACCAACCAGAGGUUCCAGUUUAAGUGAGCGCUCAGCAGCAUGCUCCUGCUGUCCUUUUCUUUGGUUGUUUACUGUGGCAUGACGUUGAAUUGCUACACGUUAUAUUUGUCUUUGAAGUGAAAGGCGGCGGGCGACUACACUCGAGGUUCAUGGGUGAGAUAACCAGCCACAAAGCCUCACAACAUGUAGCAGAUUGAGAAAUGUUUACACUAAACAUUUUGGAUGUUUUUUCUUUUCUGUUUAAACUGAACUUUGUGCUAUUUUUGUACUGACUUGUAUUGUAUUUUUGUAUAUAUUUAUAUAUACAUAUAUAUAUAUAUUUUUUCUUUAGUGUGCAUUUGUAGCUGAGAAGACUGGUUCUUACCAGAGAGGCAUCUCGUCACCAGCACUAAUAUUCAGAGGGGCUUUCACUUUCGAGAAGCUUUUGUCCAUAUUGUGUUCCAAAAAUCGUUUUGGCUUUAAAGAGUUUUCACACGAGGAUCAUUUCAGUUCCAGUAAAAGUCAGACACGGACCGGCCCGGCUCACAGGUGCCAGACGAAUCCUUCCUGAUCUCAAGAAUGUUUGAAGGCUCCAGAAGGACUGACGAUGCCUUUCCAUGGAAGCCGUUUGUCCCAGUUCCUGUUAAACUCAGUGGAAGACAACAGAAUGUUUUUAAAAGAUUUUCUAUGAAAAGAAAGAAUUAUUCUUUUUCUUGGAAGCCGUUUCCUUUUUUUUGUCCUUCAUGUUUCAGGGAGGUCCAUUAGCACCCUGGGCUGUGGAACAGUGGGCGUCAGGAAGGGCUUCGGCGUAAAACCUCUACCAAAUCCUCCUGUAAAGCACUUUACUCUCAUUUUCCUCCACUCAUCCCCAUCCUUUUCAUUCUCCUUAACUUCCACUCCAAAAUAUAUCUUUGUGCUUCCUCUACACCCUACAGUCUCUAACCUCUGAACACAUUUGAAUCAUCUCAAUGAUCUCAAUAUUUGACAUUCAUAUUUUCAGUUCUCACAUGUCCAACUCUUCUUUCUGUCUCUUCUUCACUUUAAAUCUCAUCACUCUGUUCAAGUCUGGUCUGUUUCAUUCUUUUUUACCGCUAUAGUCAGCUUUCAAACCAAAGUCCGGUGCUGUGUGCUUUGUUCCCUUUCUCUCCCUGAUCAAUGAACAGAAGUUCACCUGUGCUCCUUCUUUUACAGGAACUCAAUUUUUCUGGCUCUCUUUAGGUAAAAACGGCUUACUCUCCAUUUUUAUCCUUUGUAAAAAAUCGCCCACCCACUGCCCUGUACUACUGAACACCGAGCCUAUCCAUCACGUCUCUACUGCUCCUGAAGUCUGUUUCACUCUCAUUCACAUCAGGCUCCAGAGUUUUUUAUGUCAGUUUGAUCUGAAACCAUUUUUAUGCCGGAUGUCCUUCCAGACACAACCCACUGCUUUUAAUCAGACUGUAGGCCAACACAGAAAAAAAAUGGAUCCAAGUUUGUUUUUAAUCCUAUAUGGUACUGAUGAUCACUUUGGGUGAAUAAUGCAAAAAAAAUCAUCCAUAUAUGAUCCAAAUUGAAACUAGGUGAAGACCUAUUAGAAUGUUACUUUAACAUGAUAGCAAAAUUUUUUAAUCAUUAAAAAGGCAACCGGGAACAUUUUCAUUCCGGGUGAUGGGUUUCAUAUCAAGAAGUGAAUUUUCAUAGAAAUUCUUUGGAUUUCUAAACUUCAGGUACUUGGAUUGAUAAAUGUAAUUGUUUCAGUUUUCCACAGGGGGGCAGUAUCACACUUGUCAUUUGUGGUGCUGAUUCCAAGAAACAGUGAAAGAAGGAAGGAUUAAAAGUUCAGUGUAAAACCUCAACUGGCAAAAAAUCAUUUCAGAGAAUUCUUGGAGUUCAUGGAAGGAUGUAGGUGUGUUGAUUCGGUCAUGUUUCUGAUUAAGAAAGCGUUGAAGCUGAAUGUUUGACAGGAUUUUGCUUCUCUUAAAUGGGACAUUAAACCAUUCCUUUGCUGUC